AAUCAAAAUUUACCAUACUAAGUGAUCUUAACAACAAGCUAAAUGAAUUUAAAAUCGAUCAUUAUAAUUCAUUAGAUGGGUUUAAAGAAGAUAAGAACCAUAUAUUAGACGAGAUUAAAAACAUUAAAAACAAUUCAUUAAAGGAGAUUAAAGAUAAUAAUAGGUUAUUAAAUGAGAUUAAAGAUAAUAACAGGUUAUUAAAUGAGCUUAAAAAAAGCAAUAAAGAUAAUUAUGAUCUAUUAAGUAAGCUUAAAGAAGAUAAUAACAAGUUAUUGAAUGAGCUUAUAGAAUUAUAA